CUGCGCGGUAACCGCCUCCCGCCUGUGCGCUUGGCUGUGUGCUCCGAGGCGCGGGCUCCGCGGCAGGCGCUCCGGGUCUCCUGAGGAAGAUCCAGUGGGACAGAAGGGGACAGGCCUGGGGCAGCAGCACAGUGAGGAAAACCCUACACUCCAGGGUCAGCUGGGGAUCCCCACCGUUGCGCCAUGCCGGGCCACACAUGGCCUGCCGCCACCCUGGCCUCCGCACCCAAGUGGCCAUGAACGGCCACAGCCACAAUGGCAGCGCGGGGCGGCCGCUGGGCAGUGGGCCAGGUGUGCUGGGCCGCGAGCCCCCAGACCCCGAGGCCGGCCGCCCCAUGCAGCCUCCGCACAGCCCAGGCCUGCAGGUGCUGGUGUCCAAGGGUGAGCCUGCCCGGCCAUCCCCCGGCAGUACCCGCGGGCAGCCCCAGGACCAGGCAGAGGACGAGGAGGAGGAAGAGGAGGAGGAUGACAGCGGCCACCGGGGGAAGCCGCCCACUGCAGGCCACCGCCUGGGCCACCGGCGGGCGCUGUUUGAGAAGCGGAAGCGGCUCAGUGAUUAUGCACUGAUCUUCGGCAUGUUUGGCAUUGUUGUCAUGGUGACUGAGACUGAGCUGUCCUGGGGCGUCUACACCAAGGCGUCUCUGUACUCCUUUGCCCUGAAAUGCCUCAUCAGCCUGUCCACCAUCAUCCUGCUGGGCCUAGUUGUGCUGUACCACGCCCGGGAAAUCCAGCUGUUCAUGGCAGACAACGGCGCGGACGACUGGCGCAUUGCCAUGACCCGCGAGCGCGUCUUCCUCAUCUCGCUGGAGCUGGCGGUGUGUGCCAUCCACCCGGUGCCCGGCCACUCCCGCUUCACCUGGACUGCGCGGCUGGCCUUCACGUACGCGCCGUCGGUGGCCGAGGCCGACGUGGAUGUGCUACUGUCCAUCCCCAUGUUCCUGCGCCUCUACCUGCUGGGCCGCGUCAUGCUGCUGCACAGCAAGGUCUUCACGGACGCCUCCUCGCGCAGCAUCGGCGCGCUCAACAAGAUCACGUUCAACACGCGCUUCGUCAUGAAGACGCUCAUGACCAUCUGCCCCGGCACCGUGCUGCUGGUGUUCAGCAUCUCGUCCUGGGUCAUCGCAGCCUGGACCGUGCGCGUGUGCGAGAGGUACCACGACAAGCAAGAGGUCACCAGCAACUUCCUGGGGGCCAUGUGGCUCAUCUCCAUCACCUUCCUGUCCAUCGGCUAUGGUGACAUGGUGCCGCACACCUACUGUGGGAAGGGCGUGUGCCUGCUCACCGGCAUCAUGGGAGCUGGCUGUACCGCGCUGGUGGUGGCUGUGGUGGCCCGGAAGCUGGAGCUCACCAAGGCAGAGAAGCAUGUGCACAACUUCAUGAUGGACACUCAGCUCACCAAGCGGGUAAAAAACGCCGCUGCUAAUGUUCUCAGGGAGACAUGGCUCAUCUACAAACACACCAGGCUGGUAAAGAAGCCAGACCAAGCCCGGGUUCGGAAACACCAGCGUAAGUUCCUCCAAGCCAUCCAUCAGGCUCAGAAGCUCCGAAGUGUGAAAAUCGAGCAAGGGAGGCUGAACGACCAGGCCAACUCGCUGGCUGACCUGGCCAAGACCCAGGGUGCCAUGUAUGAGCUGCUGUCGGAGCUGCACGCCCAGCAUGAGGAGCUCGAGGCCCGCCUGGCCGCACUCGAGGCCCGCCUGGACUCGCUGGGUGUCUCCCUUCAGGCCCUGCCCAGCCUUGUCGCCCAAGCCACCCGGCCACCCCCACCACCCCGGCCCGGCCCAGCAGCCCCAAGCCCACCCCACCGCUGGCUGCCCACCAGCUCUUCCGACUGUGGGUGACGCCUGCCCACCCAGACCUCAAUCUUGGCCAUUGUGUGGUCGCCCCUCACCAGGGCUGAAGACACAGGAGCUGGUCCCCUGGACCGAGGGGCAUCCUCUGGUCACCAGCCCAGGACUGUCCCUGGCCCCUGACGGGUAUCGAGGAGCAGGGAGGAGUCCUUACCUGUCCUCAGUAAAGCCAGACCCACCGGGCACUGCCUUUUGGUGAGCCCUGCACACACAAGGCACAGUGCACAGUGGCUCCAAGGACACCAGCUCUGUGACUGAACUUGCCUGGAGCCACACUGGACACCUUCAGGUGGGGACAGCUCCUUGGUACCAUCAAUACCACCUCAUCUGCCGCCACCUGGCACGUGGCUCGGACCUAGCCAGAAGAAGGCAGCAGAUAACUGAGACGUUGGCCCAUGUCCAGUGGGGGCAGGGACGUGGGUGAGGGGCUGUCCACUUGCCACUGGACUCCAGUUGGACACCUGGUGUGUGCAAGGCCUGUGGUGUGACUUCAGAACACAACCAGGGCAGGUGGUGUCGGGAGGGGAACACAGGCUCAGAGGGGCAAAUCCACUUGCCCAGGGCCACACAGUGCAGAGGGAUGGAGCCAUACAUAAUUCCAGAUGGGGAGUACGAGGCCCAGAGGUGGGCCUCCAACUGGGUGUGACGGCACAUACUUGUAAUCUCAGCACCUGGGAGGCUGAAGCAGGAGGAUCACGGAAAUUUUGAGGCCAA